AUUUUUAUAUACAAGUACAGUCUAAAAAAAUUAUUAUAGUAACUUGAAGUGAUCAUCAUGCUCAGUCCGAAAAUGCAGAAAACUGUGAGAGUCAAUGAUUCACAAAUAUUGAUGUUAUCUGAGAGAGCCCAUUUCGAUCAUUCCUUGACUGGUUAUUUACAUAAACGUACCGCUGACCUAAACAAAUGGCAACUUCGGUGGUUCGUACUAUAUCAGAAUUUGUUAUUCUAUUACGAGAGCGAAGCAUUUUCUCGACCCAGUGGCGUUAUAUUACUAGAAGGAUGUUACUGUGAUCGUCUCAUUACAACACGUGGAAAGGAAUUAGAUAAACAGCAUUGCUUCGCGAUAUCUUACAGGCGUGAAAAUCAACGGCAAUAUGAGUUAAGAACAGCUUCCGAGUCAGACUGCAAAAUGUGGAUUGACGCAAUAAGGGAAGCUAGUUUCAACAAGUUAUUACUUCAGAAAGAGGAACUAGAGCAAAAACAUCUGCACUUGUUGCAAAUCGUAGAGAGCGAGAAAACAGCUAAAUGGCAGUACACACAGCAAUGUGAGGAGUUGGCAUCGGAAAUAAAGAAACUUCGGACUGAGCUAUGCGCUUUGAAACGGGAACUUCGGCCAAGCUCAGUGACCUCAUUGAUUUGUGCAGAGCAUGGGAUGCAGCAACGGACUAUAUCCCAAAUUGGCUGUCCCAUCGGCGUGGCAUCCUCUCAUUCAGCUUCCUUCGGUGCAUAUGAUUCUAAUGCCCAUAGCACUGGUCUUCACAGCGGAGCUAAAGGUAUCACGGAGAGAUCAAGCGAUAUAGAAAAAAUAAAGAAAGUUCAGAGUUUUUUUCGCGGAUGGCUGUGCCGGCGCAGAUGGAAGCAGAUCGUUGAACAAUACAUCAAAAGUCCUCACGCGGAAAGUAUGCGCAAAAGGAAUAGUUUGGUAUUUCAAAUGGUCGAAGCAGAGGAAGAGUACAUGGAACAGAUCGACACCCUUGUGACUUGUUUCUUGAGACCAUUCAAAAUGGCGGCGAGCUCCAAAAAACCGCCAUGCAGUCAUGAAGAUGUGAAUAGCAUCUUUCUAAAUAGUGAGACUGUAUUAUUCCUACAUCAGAUAUUUCUCAAGGGUCUAACCUCACGUUUAGAGAGUUGGCCAACAUUGAUACUCGGUGAUUUGUUCGACAUGCUGCUACCAAUGUUAUCGAUUUAUCAGGAGUAUGUGAGAAAUCAUCACUAUAGUCUUCAUGUAUUGACAGAAUGCAAGCAAUCUUCAGCGUCAUUCGCAGCACUUUUAACUCGACUUGAGAGUAAAACAGCUUGUCGCGGCAGAUCUUUGGAGACAUUUCUCACUUACCCGAUGCGUCAGGUACCACGAUACAUAGCCACGCUUCAUGACGUAUUGGCACAUACACCUCAUGAUCAUGUAGAACGGAAAAGUUUACAAAAUGCUCGUCAGCAAUUAGAAGAUUUAUCGCGACAAAUGCACGAUGAGGUUAGUGAAACUGAAAAUUUACGCAAGAAUUUGGCCAUUGAGAGAAUGAUUGUCGAAGGCUGUGAUAUUCUGUUGGAUGUUAAUCAAGUUUUUGUGAGACAAGGCACACUCAUACAAAUGGUAGAUAAACCUCGGGGUGUACGUAGUAAACUCAGCUCGACAUUUGGUAGCAAGACUGGCGGCGAUAGAGAAGCACUGAGACAAUGUUUUUUAUUUUCUAAUCAUCUUAUAUUGACGACACGCCAAUCUGACGAUGAUGGCCGACUCAGCCUCGUUCCAGCAAUUGGUAAAAUUCCACUUUCUGAUGCUAUACUCAUAGAAGAUCCAAGUGACUCUAGUGCCACUAAUGAUGAUGAAUUAUCAGUAUGCUCUAUGUCAAGUGGAAUUAGUGAGAGCAGCGGAAGUGGAAGUGGAAGUAGUGGUACAUUACAUGGUAAUCGAGAUUUCAAAAUUACAUUCGAUAUGAAAUCCGGUGGACCUCCAAUAUCCGUUCAUCUCGUAACUACGACAAUGCAGGAAAAAGCAGCGUGGAUCAGUGACAUAAGUCAAUGCAUGGAUAAUGUACACUUCAAUGACCUGUUACAUGGCUCAUUAUCGGAUACGAGUUCCGUGACGAUGCCGCAAUCGGUCAAAAAUGACCCCCAAUUAUUCAAAGACGAUAUAGAUAUCAGAUUUAGUCGUACUUUGAAUUCAUGUAAAUUACCUCAAAUUAGAUACGCAACACCAGAAAGAUUACUACAGCGGUUAACUGACUUGAGGUUCCUCAGUAUUGAUUUUCUGAAUACUUUUUUACUUACAUAUCGAGUCUUUACAGAUGGUGUCACUGUUCUCCAAGCUCUCAAAAAAGUUUUUUAUGAACCUGAGCCACCAGACGGACAAAUGCCCAGUGGGUCAUUGGUAUCGUUGGACGGUCUUACAAGUAUGAUGGGCGAAGGAUUCCUGCACAUUGAUGACAGAAGAAGAAGCAGCCUCUCACCUCGGAGAACAAGUGGAGCAAGUUCUGUGUCGGGAUAUGGUUCAGAGGUUAGUGAUUGUCGAGAGACAAGAAAUCAACACAAUUGUGAUUUAUUUGCGGGCGCGCAGAUUGCAAGCUCAAAGGGUAAUUGGCGUGCUGGUUAUCCUAAAUUGGAGAAGGAGCAUGCACUAGGUUUCGUUUCUGAACUACCUCCGAUCAUCAAACAAAGUCCAACAUUGCAAUUGCCAGGGACAUCCUCUGGGAAACAAUCCCCCAAAGAGAGUAAAAACGUCAGUAUCAAGCAGCAGGACUUGGAGGAAGAUGGUAGUCAUCUGACAAUUCCAAAAGUUAUAAAGGGAUCAUCAAGUUCGGAAACGCUUACCGGUGAUAUUCCUGCAUCCAGUUCACCAUCGUCACCGAGUAACUUGAGCUCAGUGACCUUAAUAGGAUCAACAGGUUCUGGAUCAGGGUCUGCAACGGACCUUGGUCCUCAAGAUCGUAAUAUAAUAUAUCCAAGAACGGCGGCACAUCAACAAGAUGACGUAGCUAUCUCGGAGAUUAAUUCCAAAUUCGAUACACAUUUUGGAUAUGACGACUAUCCACCGACAUCUCCCAUGUCAACAAGAUCAACUGCCCUAUCAAUGUCAACGAGAUCGUCAAAUACUCAGAGGCAAAAUUCAGACAAAGAUGACGCAUGGAUAGUUGAUGAGUGUACUCCACCUACUGAUUUUUCUUUCUAUUUCAACCAAAACCGGAAAUGCUCCGAGCAACAUCGUGCUUCAGUCGUUUCUGCUCCGCCAUCUUCAAUGAGAUGUAGUUCUAUUACAACAGGGAACUAUUGGUCCGGCAGAAGAUCUAUUCAGGAAGGUGAAAUGAAACAACCCUAUUAUUUUCAACACGAUACCUCACGAAUACCAACCAAAGCCGGAGUUGUUAUAACGAGUUCAAGACAGAGCCAUCGGAGGAGCAGUACUUCGACGGCGGCGACAGCUUUCGCCAUUGCUACAUCGGGCUCCAGCAACCCACCCGACAAACCUUCUGAUUAUUCAGAUGAGAGUAAUCGAAGUGGUUCAUGUCGAGAUCACAAUAAGCGCAGAGAAACCGUCUCAACUGCUGCUACAAUGCGGGUGUUGAAUGUAUUGAGGCAUUGGGUCUCCAAACAUUUUCAGGACUUUGAAUUCAAUCAUCAAUUGAAGAAUUUGACCAUUGAAUUUUUGGAUGAUAUUGUUGGAAGUCCAAAUCUGUUACCGGCAGAACAUAAAGCUGCAAGUCAAUUAUUAAGAUUCAUUAGCAAGGAAGAGCAAGAGCAUAGAAAAAUUUCGCUGCAUGCGCUUCUAGCGACUCCAUCAAUUCAGAGUAAAGAAUGUAUUGAAACUCUCUCAGCAUUAGAAAUUGCUGAGCAAAUGACGUUCCUGGAUCAUAAAAUUUUUGUAUCUAUAUCGAGCGAGGAAUUUCUCGGUCAAGCAUGGAUGAAAACGAAUAAAACUUCACGAGCGCCGCACAUUAUUCUCAUGACGAAGAGAUUCAAUGAAGUAUCACAAUUAAUAGUAUCGGAGAUUGUUCGUCGAUCCAACAUAUCAGCCAGGGUAGCUGCCAUUGAAAAGUGGGCAGCAGUUGCUGAUAUUUGCCGUGUACUUCAUAAUUAUAAUGGUGUUCUGCAAAUAUGCGCUGCAUUCACGAACAGUAGCGUUUAUAGAUUAAAAAAAACAUGGGAGAAAGUUUCUAAAACGACAAAACAGACUAUAGAGCGGCUUCAGAUUAUCGUUUCAUCAGACGGACGAUUUAGAAAUUUGAGAGAUGCGUUACACCGAUGUGAUCCACCUUGUAUCCCAUACUUGGGACUAUAUUUGACGGAUUUAUCAUUUAUCGAAGAGGGCAGACCGAAUUUCACCGAAGACGGGCUUUUGAAUUUUUCAAAAAUGCGAAUGAUUUCUCACGUAAUUCGAGAGAUUCGCCGCUUUCAGCAGACCCCGUACAAAAUCGAACACAUAUCCAAAGUGACAAACUAUCUAUUGGAUGUUACCCUUCUCCUCGACGAGGAAGCACUCUAUCAUAUGUCAUUAGAAAUAGAACCGCGAACAUCAAGGCUCAGCAAUGCAGCUGUAAUUGAUCUUCCACCAGUUGGUCAAAUUUCCUUAAAACGAGAGAACUAAAAAGUUACUCAGUAUUAUAUUGAUAAAUUAGAUAUAAAAACCAUUCUUGGUGUGUUUAACGGGAUACUGAAAAGAACCAUAUAAAUUAUUUCCAAAUUCAGAGCAUUUAUUCAAAUGUUAAGUUUAGUCUUAUUGGAGUUAUAUCUUCACAUUAUAUAGGAGUGUGUCAAAUGAAAAAUUAUUUGCAGGCCAUAUUCAAAUAAUUAAAAUAAAAUUUUCUAUAGGUUAAUAAUAAUAGGGACAAUCGGUUUCCAUGUUAAAAUCGCCCAAAGGGUUACAUUGAGUUACUGAAUUGAAAAUUUAUAUAUGAACCAAUGAAUGAUUAGACACAAAUGACUAUUUAUUUUCAAUUUUCAAGAAGAUGAAAAAACAUAUCACGAUUAUGUGGAAAAAAUCGAUCGAAAAAUUCAAUGGUUUAGGUGUAUUACUGUUUUUACAUGGGAAUUGCACAAGUAUUCAGAUAAAUGUAUUAAUCGGAUACUUGCGUGAUAUUCACCAUCAAAAUUAUGUGAUUCCCAAAAUUCUGUCUCUUGAUAUUUGAAAUAUGAGUAAAGGUGUAAAGACAUAACUAGAAAAAUUCGACGUCUAAGUGCUCUUGUAGAUUGCAAUUGAGCUCAGGACAGAGCGGGCUAGCUCUGAUCACAUAAGACUCCGAUGUUGGUCCCCGACCAACAUAUUAUCCGAGAAAGUAUUCGUAGUCAUGUGGCACUUUCACUUUGAUCUUGCUUCGAUAAUUUCCCUGCUGGCAGGGGAACCAUCAGAGCCAAUAUUUCCCUCCUAGCUUCUCAAUUAUUUUCCAAUUGUUAUCAAUCGUAAAUUCACGUCCAGAAGUUGAUGAUUGAUUUUUAUCCAAACAGGCUAGUUAUUCCUAGAAGGUGUCACGAGAGUACGAGCACUGCCGAUCGAUUGCACGGCAAUACGAGUAAGGAAAAUAAUUUACCGAAUGUCUCUUCGACCCUCAAAAAUAAUUACAUAUAUUCCGGAUGUUCCUGCAAAUUCUAAUAAUUUUAAUGUUCUUGGAGUGUAAUAUUUUAAUACUGAUCGAUCCUCAAAAAAUCUCAGGAAAUAUCUACUACAUUUAACUUAUUUAUCAAUAUUUAAAGAAAAACAAAAUUCUGACUCUCAAGAAUUGAGAAUAUUUCAUCUUUUCUUCGAUUUCAAUGUUCUGUGCGUCUACAUAAUCAAUGAUCACAGAACAGCUAGUUUAUAUUGAUUAUGACUAUACGAUUAAUGAAUUGUGAUCCAACAACUCAAGAUAUCCUCUCUUCAUAUUUCACGAAUUCAUGGCUCAAUUCUCAGUACUAUCAGACAGUACUCCUUUAUUGAAUAACAAUUAUACUCGUUGGAAAAAUCAGACAUAAAAUCUGACACUAGUCACAAUUGUAAUUGACAAUCAAUAAUAUAACAUAAGAAUAAUGAAUGGUGU